AAGGACCUGUACGAGCUCAUCGGCGUGAGCAAGAGCGCGAGCUCGGGGGAGAUCAAAAAAGCGUAUCACAAGAUGGCGCUGAAGCUGCAUCCGGACAAGAACCCGAGCGAGGACGCCGCGGUGCAGUUCCAAACGCUGCAGAAAGUGUACGGCGUCUUGUCCGACGCGGACAAGCGCAGGGUAUACGACGAGACCGGGCGGUUCGACGACGCGGACGGGCUCAGCGACGAGAAGUUCAACUCGCUGUACGAGUACUACCGCGGGAUCUACAAGCAAGUCACCGAGGAGGACAUCGAGUCGUUCGAAUUGGAGUACCGCGGCGGCGACGAGGAGAAGAAGGACCUUCUCGAGGCGUACGAAAAGUUCGCGGGGAACAUGUCCAAGGUGUUCAUGUGGGUGAUGUGCAGCGAGGAGGCGGUGGAUUCGCAUCGGUUCGCGGACGUCGUCGACGCCGCCGUCGACGCCAGGGAGUCGAAGCGAUACCCCGCGUUCACGUCCUGGGCGGCGAAAAUACGGAAGAAGCCGGCGCCGAAGGACCCUCUGAAGCCGCGUCCGAAGAAGAAGAAGAAGGCGGCGAGCGCCGGCGGCGGCGGCGAGGGCGAUUUGAUGGCGAUCAUUCAGGCGAGGCAAAACGCGAGGGCGGCUGCGGCGGAUGAUUUAUUCGCGCGUUUGGAAGAGAAGUACGGC